GAGGUGGAGGACGAGGACGAGGUGGAGGUGGAGGACGAGGACGAGGUGGAGGUGGACCUUUCCUUGGUGACAUACCCUCUGCUUCUGGCGACGUGGCUUCCCAGUCCGCUCACACACAGUCUACUGAGGGGGAGAUGGAGGUGGAGAUGGAGGUGGAGAUGGAGGUGGAGGGGCAGGACGAGGAGGCGGAGAGGGAGAUGGCGCCGAAGAAGUUGCGCAUUCGUGGUGAAGCGCAAGUCCCUGAUGAGAGGAGGGAGCCUACUAGCCAGGAUGCGAAAGCCCUCAUCAUCCCGAACGAAAAAGACAAUUGGGCAUAUGACAAGGGGGUUCGCCAGCCGUCGAGCAUGAUUGGAGCUCUUAUUAGGCAGUAUUGGCCGGGCUUUUACACUCCGGUCCCCGGCGGCGAGAAGAAGCUAGCCGAGACUUGGGCGGACUAUGAGGCAGCUCCUUGCCCGGGCUUUGGGACAGCUGCUGACGCCGUCUACACCAAGUUUUGGACCCAUUAUAAGGUGCCUGAUGAGAUGGUUGAGCAAGGGAAGGCGGUACUGACUAGGGCUUGUCAGAGGUUGACAAGGCAACAGUGGUACAAUCAAAGCAUACCCGCAUUGGGCACUUCAAGGCUGAGCGAGGCACGAGGGUCAAGAAAGCCGACAAUAUCGGGGAGGAUCCUCACCGACAAAGGAAGAUUACUUCAAGGUUAUGCCCCUAUGGUGCGAGAAUAA